AUGGAUAUGCUCAUGGAUUCUGUCAUCUAUGACCCCGAAAUCAUGGUGAAAAGUCAAGUCUCAUCAUCAAAUGACAGUGACAUGCAUGCCGCACCAAAGCACAUGCUGAUUCCCAGCAGCUUGAGCUAUUAUUACUCUUCUACAUCAUCUGGUGAGUCGAGUGGCUUUAAUCCAACGGUUGGUUCUUCUGCAAACCAUCAUGGUGGUACCCAAAUGAGGCAUGUUGAUGGCUGUGGUGGUGAUCCAGUUGACAUGUAUCCUCCUUCUUCACAAGAAGACACUCUGGACAUUAACUUUGAUAUUGAUCUUGAUGCUCAAGAUGUCCAAGAGCUGUCUCAUCCGUCUUCCACCACAAUUCUUUUUUUCGAAAUGAUGCAGGACUUUCCUGAUCUAUCUUCAUUUGUAUGCCAUCCUGAUUUCAACGGUUUCGCUCGCAUCUGGCUGGAUUAUCAGCGUCAUAUCCAUAUGGCUCAGCAUCCUGAACAACGUCCUGCUGUGUCUGCCUGGCUCAAAAUGGCUGCUCUUCAACUCCACUUUUGUUUGGUGACACUCAUAAGAUCAUGCCCUGAUAGAAAUGAAGAAGCUGCAGGCAUGUUUUCGGCCUUUCGACGCCUCAAGGACAGGGUUGAAAUCAUGCACUCGGUCAUCAGCAUUGUGGAAAAUGGUCGUUUGCUGGGUCAAUCUCCUAUGGAAGCCAUCGCUCCCUUGAUGGAUCAAGCGGAUGAAAUCAAGCGCAAUAUUGAUUACUUUGCUCAGGAACAGGAUGUGAUUCCCGUGCUGAAUGAACACACCAAUCUGGUGGAACUGAAAGAUCCUAAUCAAGUCUCCAUGUCUCGUCUGUCUAACGAUCUUGUCUCUACAUACAAUCUGAUGCCCUAUGAUGCCGAUACAUCUGCUCUUGCUACUAAUGCCAAUACGCCUAGCAACCCUGCUGAUGCUAUCAAUGCUAUUCUCUAUAAAGUCAAUCAAGAUGCUCAAGCGCAAUUAGCGCUGGAUACCGCACUCAUGCCUACUGCGACCCCUGGUUUUACUGACUUGACAAGCUUGCAACCAGAUGCUACUACGCCUGCUACUGAUUUCUCUGCCUCUGUUACUCCAGCCUUCUAUGUACCACCUCAACAGAGCACUGCUGCUGCUGCCACUCCAGGCCAUAGCAUCAACCGCUUCGGGUUCGAGACUCCCUUGACUCAAGACUCUACUGAAUCUACACCUAUGGCCCAACCUCUUUUAUUCUCACACAUUGAGCCUUCUUGGAUUCACUCUCCUCAAGCCAACUGGCACUCUCUUCCUGUGACACCUUCGGUUGAACACACUACACAAAACUUUCUCUCCUAUCCCGGCUCUCCCACGUGCGCACAUCAAGAUGUUGUAGUAGCUCGAGAUAAAGCAAAUGAAGAAAAAGCAAAGCAAGAGGCACAGACUAUUUGUACUAUCCAAGCGCCCUACAACACGGAUGAAGAGCUGUCCUCUUUCUCUCCCACGUGCGAUUCUCUGACUACUGUCUCCCCCAUCAAUACACUGAGUGACGAUGAAGAAGAGCAGCAAGAACAACAACAAGAUGGUUUUGAUGCUGAUUUGAGACAAAAAGACGAUUGCCCAACACCCGACACCGACGAUGAUGAUUACUCUCAAUUAUCUGAAAUGGAUGACGACGAUGAUGAAUGGACUGAACUUCGUCCUAACAAGAGGCAGCAGCCAACUACAACCACUACUCCUAUCACUGCUGCUCCUUCCACGCCUGUUACUGGCCACCGCAACCGUAAAUCAGGACCUAAUACCAAGAAUCUCCGAAAUACGAGAGCAGCAACUCGCACAAUCGGCUCCCAAAAGGCUCGUCGCACGGCUACAUCUUAUGACGCUAAAACCACACAUUACCUUAAAUCCAUCUUUUUCGAUAUUUACAGCACCAAGGACAAGCUCUCCAAGGAUCAGCGUCGCAAGGUACAGCAAGAAACCGGCCUCAAGCCAAGAAACAUUACCUAUUGGUUUAGCAAUCAUAAACGUAGAUUCCAGCACUCGUUGAAUGUAUUCAAAAAGACGGUGCAAGAAACUCAGGGCCAAGUCAAGACCUAUGACGACUUUUUGAUCUAUAGACGCUUGCAUGGACUGCCUGAAGAAGUGCAGGAUACUGAAUUCUUGGACGACAAUAAAAGCAUUAAUCUUUAG